UUGGAUUCCUCCCCAAAUGCCUUUCACCUGGCCUUUGUAAAUCUCCCCUCUGGCUGCUGCUGCAUUCCUUCCUCCAUUAUUUCUCCACCCCUUUCCCCUCUCUUUCUCUCUCUUCUCUACCUUCUCUCUAAAAGACGGGAUACAGAACAACGGGAAAACAAAUAUAGAGGAGAGGAAGGAAGAAAGAAGAGCACCUACCAAGCAAGACUUGGUUUUUGAGCACUCCAUGGGCUGUGGAAUUGCCCCCAGGAAUCCCCUCUGGGUUUGACGAGAUUCAUACAGAGAAAUAGUUCUUGUUUUUUCCCUUUUCCCCCAAGAAUUUACCUGUGCAGGAGAACUGUUUGUUUCUGCUUUGUUUCCGUGUUUGUUUUAUUGGGAUUUUCCUCCGGUCCAUUCUUCUUCACCUGUGGGGAGGUGGGGAGCUGAGGGAAUCAUGGGGAAGCAAGGACCCUGCCAUCAUUGCGGAGUCACAAGUACACCCCUUUGGCGAAAUGGACCACCAGAUAAGCCGGUGCUGUGCAAUGCAUGUGGCUCGAGAUGGAGAACGAAGGGUUCAUUGGCAAACUACACCCCAAUGCAUCGCAAGGAUGAUAUUGAUGAUGAUGAACCUAGAAUUAGCAAGCUGAAGCCACCAACAUCAAAGUCGAAGUCACAGAAGAAAAAAACAAAUCACAUCAUAAUGGAGAAUGGGCCAUUUUCUUGUCAGAACUUCCGAAAGAUGGGGGAUGCUGACCCAAGCUAUCGUUCUAGUUCAGGAUCUGCAGUAUCAUACUCUGAGAAUUGUGGGCCAUAUGGUGCUUCUGAUGCAAGUGAAAUGACUGGUUCAGCACAAUCACAUGCUUGGGAGUCCCUAGUGCCAUCAAGAAAGAGGAGCUGUGUCACUCGUCAAAAGCCUUCAUCAGUAGAAAAGCUUGCAAAAGAUCUUAACUCCAUCAUGCAUGAAGAACAGCUAUAUUACCUUUCAGGAUCCUCAGAGGAAGACCUACUGUACCAUAGUGAAACUCAUGUGGGCUCGUUUGAGAUGGGCUCUGGAUGUGUGCUUCUAAGGCAUCCGAACUUGAAAUCACUGGAAGAAGAAUCAGAAGCAAGCUCCAUUCCUGCAGAUAACAAAUCAUACAUUACAAGUGAAUCCUAUUCUGGUUCUGCCUCAUUUGUUGCUCACAGUGGAAACAGGGCAGCAAUUAACUUAAAUGCUGCAACUGCAAGGCCAAAGAGGUCGCUGCUGCAUAUUGAAGAUAAUGCUAGAAGGGAUAAACUUCAUUACGGAAAUCAGCAUAUCCCAGAGAGUAUUGAUUCACCUUUAGUUUCAGUAGGUUUAGAGGAAAAGGAGAUUAAGGCAACUGGGAGAGUGGAGAAUAUCUGUGGAUCAAAAGGCUUUACCAAAUCCACUAUGAAUCUGCUAAAAAGAUCCCAUGACACCCACAUUCAGAGUGACAUAGAACUAGAGGGUACCAUGAUGAGUCCUAAAAGAGUUUUAAAAUCUGGGGAUUUGACUCCUGAAUUUAAAAGCUCAUCUCUGCUAAAAUCUGGCUAUGCCACCAAAGAUUCAACCUGCACUGGAGGAGCACUUAACUUAUUCAUGUUACCCCCAGAAAAGUUAUCCUUGUUGGUCCCUCCACAAUAUGCCGAUGGCGACUUUGAUCAAGACUUGCUACUGGAGAUUCCUCUAAAUGCAUGGCACGCGGAGGCAGAACUUCUUUGUCAACCUUCUCAGCUGAGUUCAAUAACUCAGAGCAACACCUCCGUGGAUGGGGAUGCUGGAGGAGAGGGGUGUCUCAAGCAACCAUAUCCACCGAAUGUGAAGCCGCUGCCCAGCAACCCGCCUCCGCAGCCGGGCUUCCCCCUCCCCAUCUCCCCUGUUCGAAUGCCGCCGGUGGCCAGCGGCGCCCCAGCAACCCUGUUCUCCGAACCCAGCCCCCAAACCCGGCCUCCGGCUCGCCAAUCGCCACUCUUAUCCCCUUUCCUUCAUCCGCAACGGAAGCCGCCCUCCUCCUCGCCGCUCUCCCUGCCCGCCCGGUCGCUCACCAUGCUGCUCCACCUCGUGACCUCCUCCUCUCCCCUAACCACGGCACGCCCCUCGACGCAGCGGCGUCCGUGCGUUUCCGCGGCGGCGGUGACGGUGACGAUUAGGUGCGCAGCGUCCUCCUCGAGCACCCCGUCGUCGUCUGCAUCGGAGGCUGCUGCUGCUGGGCAGCAGGUGGCGAAGGUGCACAGCUACGGGACGGUGGACUACGAGCGUCGCGCUCCGCUGCGGUGGGGAACCCUGUACCGGCGCAUCGCGGUGGGGCACGGCGGGCGGCCCGUGGGGCGCACGCUGGGGGCCUGGGACGAGGGGGAGCGCCGCCUCGACAAGUGGGAGCUCUGCCGCAUCGCCAAGGAGCUCCGCAAGUUCAGGAGGUUCAACCUCGCGCUCCAGGUUUAUGAUUGGAUGGCAGAGCGCAGAGAUAGAUUUCCACUCUCAACAAGCGAUAUGGCAAUUCAGUUGGAUCUGAUUGCUAAGGUACACGGUGUUUCACAUGCUGAGAAAUACUUUGAGGAUCUUCCUGAUACCAUGAAGGACAAGCGGACUUAUGGUUCCCUUCUAAAUGUUUAUGCCCAAGCUAUGAUGAAAGAGAAAACAGAAGACACGUUUGAGAAAAUGAGGAAAAAGGGAUUUGCAUCUGACACAUUACCUUGUAAUGUGCUGAUGAAUUUCUAUGUGGAUGUUGGAGAGCCUGAAAAAGUGUCGGCAAUUAUCGAUGAGAUGAAGGAAAGAAAUGUUUCCUUUGAUGUAUGCACUUACAACAUAUGGAUAAAGAGCUGUGCAGCCAAACAAGAUCCUGAUGAAAUGGAGCGAGUCUUUUGCCAGAUGAAUGCUGAUGAGUCUGUUAUCGCAAAUUGGACAACUUAUACCACACUGGCUAGCAUGUAUAUUAAGCUUGGGAACUCUGAGAAGGCAGAAGAAUGUUUGAAAGAAGCUGAAAAGAGAACUACAGGUCGGGAGAAAAAGUGUUUUCACUAUCUCAUCACACUCUACAGCCAUCUUGGCAAGAAGGAAGAAGUUUACCGUAUUUGGAGCUGGUAUAAAGCAACUUUCCCUACAAUUCAUAACCUGGGUUACCAAGAGGUACUAUCAGCCCUUGUAAGGUUAGGAGAUAUUGAGGGAGCUGAGCUUCUAUACGAGGAAUGGGCAUCCAAAAGCUCUAGUUUCGAUCCUAAGACUAUGAACAUUUUAUUGGCAUGGUAUGCUAGAGAAGGUUUGAUUAUCAAGGGUGAGCAAAUUCUCAACCGAUUUGUUGAGAAAGGUGGAAACCCCAAGCCAAACACCUGGGAAAUCCUUGCCACAGCCUACCUGAAGGAUAAUAAAAUAUCAGAAGCUCUGUCAUGCAUGGAGAAAGCCACAGCAGUUAAAAGUGCAAGUAAAUGGAAACCAAGACCCACCAAUGUUGAGAGUCUUCUGGCAAGUUUCAAGGAGAAGAAUGACACAGAGGGUGCAGACAGGUUAGUGAGUGUACUUACAAGUAGAGGAUGUGCUGAGGACGAAGAAUACAAGUCACUGAUUGACACCUAUGCUUUUGCGGGCACAUAAUGGUGGAAGCAAGAGUAACGAUAUGAUGAGUACCAUGCAUUGAACAAUCGCAUUGCUUGCCUGUAAUGUUUUCUAAACAUGCGUGCUCAACUGGUACAGCUAUGUCAAUUCCAGAGGGUUUGCAUGCAUUUGAUCAGAUAUUUUGCUAGACAAAGCAAGACAACUAGGUACAUAGAUCUUUCUGAUCCUUGGCUCAGUUAGAAAUUCUAAAAUCACGAACAAGGGGCCAAUUAGGUGGCUUCUUUGUACUUUCGAAAUGUAUAUUUACAUUAUUUUUGAGGAUUAAUCAAGCCUUCUUGGUGCAAUAAUUUUAAUCA